UUAGAUGAGAUCACUACUUUGCUGUAUAUCACACUGCGAGAGCAGAAGAUCCCACUCCUGAAAUUAUUGAAAAUCACUGAAAGUUGGAUUCUUCGAGAGUCAAUCGAUUCCCUUCCACAGUACGAAAGUAUUUGA